AUGCUGCCAAACACAACCCGAGUAAACAGCAAACACCGAUUCACAACCAUCUCCAUACUCUGUACCAUGAUCGGUUCCAUCAUUGUUUUACUCUUUUCCAUUGGAUAUUUAACGUCAUUAAUCAUUUUAACAGCACAACAAAAAUUUCUUUUGGAAGUUUCUGAUAAAUCCGAUGGCAAAAUGUUACUCGCUGUUGAAUUUUCUGCAUCCAUAAUAUUUCUCAUCAUGAGCGUUAUUGGAAUAUUUUCAGUGAUUGAUUGUUGUUCAAACAUGUCCUCUCCAAAAUAUUUCAAUGCAUGUUCCUAUAUUUGGACCAUUAGUAUUGGAAUUAGUUGGAUCAUUAUAUUUGUGAUGAUUGGAGUUUAUGGAAGUAAAUUGGACAAGACCUUGAAUUCGACAUUACCCAAAGAUGAAAAAGAUUAUCAUGUAUUAUAUUUUGCGAGUAUUUUGGGAGUGACAAGUGGCGUUUUUUUAUUGUGCUGUUUGCCAUUGUGUUGUUGUGGAAUUGGUAGAAUUAUUGUCACCAUGAAAAAUUCACAAAGUACGAAAUAUAGACCUGUUCUCGAGAGCGAUGAAAUUUUUGAUUAA